AUGCAAGUCACACCAGUUAGCCACUCACACAAUUCUCCCCCCACCAUGAAAAUCGAGGAGACUUUCUCCGGUCCAACGCGGUUAAAUUUGAUUGUUUCUCUUGUUCAGCAACCCCCCCUUAACAAAUAA